AUGGAAAGCUUCGACCUGUCCAGACAGAAUAUUGUACAGCUUAAACAAAUACCCGAAGACAUUCGGCGCCAGAUCGAAGAUGGAAAUGAUGCUGAAUACGCACUUGACCUCUCCGUAAAUCGAUUGCACAGAAUAGAUGAGAUAGGGGUCUUUGAGCAUGUCAGCCAGUUGGACUUGUCGGAGAACCAGCUGGAUAAUUUAAAUGGUCUGCAAAUAUUGCGAUGUCUGAAAAGUGUAGAUCUGUCUCGAAAUUGCGUCACGUCAAUUGAAAUGCUUGCGUCACUACCUGCAUUGCAGAUACUUAAAGUCGCCGAAAACAGCCUAACGACAAUUAAUUCCCUUCGAUUGUUUCCUGGGUUGCGGGUUGUGGAUGCGUCCUACAACCGAAUAACUAAAUGGCCUUUGCUUGCAGGGCUACAUUUACUGGAGUCACUGGACUUGUCGGAUAAUCUAUUAGGAUCCUUGACUCCGUCAAAUUCGGGAUCACUUUUCCCUGCUAAUCUCCGACGUCUAUCAAUUGCCAGGAACCAAAUACACCAGAUUUGUGGCAUUGCCUGUCUUGGGCUGCAUUUGAAAUCUUUAGUCUUUCUUGAUUUUCAUGAGAACCCGGUUGUGCUUGAAAUUGAACGUAGCGGUGGCCAACUCGAGCGUUUAUUUGCGGCUUUCUUUCCUAAAUUACAUCAAAGCAGUGAUGGUGGUCUCAUCAUGUCCAGACAAAGGCACGAAAAGCUGGCUUUGCACCCUCAUUUCUCUAGUGAACUUAUGCGCACAGUACUCGAAGGCCAUGAAGAACCUCUGAUCAAGUAUCUUGUAACUGGACGUUUGAUAUCAUACAAUAAGAGUACAGACUCUAGCGGAGAAAUACUUUCUUUUCAGUGUGAAGAUCGACCGCUUUCUGAGCGGAAUCAACAGAAAUCAUCAUCAUCUAACACUCUCGAAGACCAAUGUAAUUACUCAUUUUUUCCCGACAGUACGCUUACAGUCUGGAAACCCAUUCAAGGGGAGCGCAAGACGCAACUUUGCGGAUUUACUUCAGCUAGAAGUGUCUUAGGAAAAGAAAAGAUGGUUAGAUGGGGAGAAGAGUCAGUUUUGCCGAUGAACUCACAAAAUGCUUGUAGUCUUUCCAGCACAACACCAUCGAGAUCAUCAAAUUUGGCGUCAACCGAGCCGCUCAAUUCAUCAUCGCUAAGAGGCGAUGAAAGUGAUGUCGUGCGAAAACUUGCGCAUCAAGUAAACACCAUGCGCAAGUAUAUGAAGAUUUGGAUCAAGCGCGAGAAAAUGUGCAAGAAAAAGCCAUUAGCUGCCUUUGGGGCCACCGGAUUUGCAUGUCAGAUCGAUCGACAAACGAUUGAAAUCGAUCAAUUAAAGUCGCAAGUUGAGACACUGCGGAAUCUUGUUAUUGCCUUAGCUGAUAGCAGAAAGCAAGAAAAAGUCUAA